AUGACUCGAAACCUCCUGGCCGCAGUCGCGGUCCUGGCCCAGCUCGCUGCUGCGCAACAAAUUGGAUCAAUCCCCGAAAUUCAUCCGAAGCUGCAAACUUGGAAAUGCAGUAACAAAGGCGGCUGUGUAAAGCAAGAUACCUCGGUGGUCUUGGACGCGUUGUCGCAUCCACUGCAUCAAAUCGGAAACAGCAGUAACUCGUGCGGAGACUGGACUAAUGGAUUAAACCCGACAGUAUGCGGCACUGAAGAAUCAUGCGCCGAGAGCUGCGAAUUAGAUGGAGUGGACUACGCGUCUAACGGCGUGAGCACCAAGGGCAGCAGUCUGAUUCUACACCAGUACAUGAAAUCCAAUGGCGUCGUCACCAGCGUAUCGCCUCGUGUGUACUUGCUCGACGAGAGUGGGAAGAACUAUGACAUUCUGAAACUCUUGAACCAAGAGCUGAGUUUUGAUGUGGAUGUUUCUUCCCUGGUAUGCGGGAUGAAUGGUGCUCUCUAUCUCUCGGAGAUGGUUCAGUCCGGUGGUCGGGGUGAGCUCAACCCUGCUGGUGCGCAAUAUGGCACGGGGUACUGUGAUGCACAAUGCUCUUGGUUGCCAUGGGUCAAUGGAGUGGCCAAUGUCGACUCCUAUGGUGCUUGCUGCAACGAGAUGGAUAUUUGGGAAGCCAAUGCCCGUUCUACUGGAUACACGCCUCAUGCCUGCAACAUCACUGGCCUCUAUGAGUGCAGUGGCGAUGAGUGUGGCAGCAGUGGUGUUUGUGACAAGUCUGGUUGCGGAUAUAAUCCUUAUGCACUGGGUGCGCACGACUACUAUGGAUAUCGGAAGAAUGUUGACACUACCAAACGCUUCACCGUCGUGACCCAAUUCGUGACCGACGAUAAUACCGCACAUGGUACUUUGUCCCAAAUUCGACGACUGUAUGUGCAAAACGGAAAGGUGAUCCAGAACGCUGUCGUCAACGUGUCCGGUAGUGAGACCAACUCUAUCACCGAUGGCUACUGUUCAGAAACUGCUAGUUAUUUCCAGCAAAAGGGUGGUAUCAAGCAGAUGGGCAAGGCGAUUGGUCGGGGAAUGGUCCUGAUCUUUAGUAUUUGGAAUGACUCGGGGGCUUUUAUGAACUGGUUGGAUAGUGGGAGUGCUGGACCGUGCAAUAGCACCGAAGGUAAUCCUGCUCUUAUCCAGGCUCAACACCCUGAGACUUCGGUGACUUUUUCGAACAUCAAGUGGGGCGAUAUUGGAUCUACCUAUUCGCAUUGA